AUGUCAACCCCAGUAAUGGACGUGUUAAUACUUGCUUAUAUAUUCGUGAGUAUCCUACAUAUAUGCCUAGGGGUCGACCUCACCUACUACGUCGAGGAAGGAAAAAGUCCAGGUACCCUUGUUGGGGAUAUUGCAACUGAUUCCCAUUUAAUGGACAGGAUACCACCCGAGGAGCACCAUCUGGUGACAUUCAGUCAACUACAACACGGGGUUGCGGGCAGCUUGCAGUUAUUUCGAGUAUCCAAAAAAACGGGGAAGCUCUAUACUACGCAGAUCCUCGACGCCGAGUCACUUUGCACACGGAACGCAGAAUGUUUCAAAAUGGUGGAUGUGGCCGUUCGGAAGGCCGAGUCCUUUAUGAAAAUCAUGGACAUCAAGGUGACCAUAAAGGACGUCAAUGAAUACCAGCCCGAGUUCCCAAAUCAGCGGGUAGACAUUCAGUUCUCGGAGAACGACAAAAAGGGCACUAAAAUUUCGAUCCCCAAUGCGAUAGACCGGGAUGUUGGAGUCAAGAACUCGGAGAUUACCUAUCAGCUGAAGAAAAACAUAAAGCCGUUCACGUUGUCAGUGUCGAAAAAUGUUGAUGGCACAUCGAAACUCGCGAUUAAGUUGGAGGACGAUCUUGACCGAGAAGUGAAAGAUUCAUACGUGGUGCAAGUGAUAGCGAGGGACGGGGGUUCUCCGUCGAAGCAAAGUGUGUUGGAUGUGCAUGUAUCCGUGACAGAUGUCAAUGAUAAUACCCCGGUCUUUCCACAAAAGGUUUACAAUGUUUCAAUCAAGAAUAUAAUCGAUGGAACCCCCGUGGCGAUACUUUCGGCCAGAGAUUUAGAUUCUGGCAAAAACGGGCGGAUAUCUUAUCAUUUUACAUCGCAGACGUCCGACGUGGCAAAAUCUCUUUUCAAACUGAAUGAAGCUACCGGGGAGAUAUUCCUCCGUAAGAUACUCAGUACGGGGCAGAAACUGACGUACAAGCUGUACGUCGAAGCAACUGACGGGGGCAACCCGGCUCUCAGUUCCAUCGCAAUGGUACUUGUUAAUGUGAUCAACGAAAAGAACAACGCUCCGACAAUAGACGUGAAUUUCGUCUCGGCCUCAAACGGUAACACAGUAGCUAUUUCAGAGGAUAUCAAAGUCGGGAGUUUCAUUGCUUAUGUAAAAGUCACUGAUCAUGACGCCGGGCAUAACGGUGAGGUCAACUGCGACCUCCACCACGGAAAAUUCCAACUGGAGAGUCUCGGUGUUAAAAAAUACAAAGUUGUGGUUAAAAACCCGGUGGAUAGGGAAAGGGAAGAUCGUCACGAGAUUACAAUUAUCUGUCGAGAUAAAGGUUUCCCGCCGCUGCACAGUGAGAGCAAGUUUUCGAUUAAAGUAAUGGACGUUAAUGAUGCACAACCGAAGUUUGCCAAAGACACAUUCAAGUUUUCAGUUUCCGAAAACCAGAAAUCCAAGAUACCAGUUGGGGUUAUUAAUGUCACGGACCCGGAUCUAGGACAGAGCGGCAAAUUAAUCUUCUCUCUAGUGAAUAGUAACAAGCACUUCCUACCGUUCCAGAUUUCCGACAAUGGGCUCAUCUCGACCGUCAUGUCUUUAGACCACGAGUUUCAAGACGUCUACAAAUUCAAGGUUCUAGUAAAAGACAAUGGAAUCCCAUCCUUGAACAAUACCGUAAACGUGGUCGUCGAAGUCAAGGACGAGAACGACAACGCCCCUUAUUUCACUUUUCCUAGCGUCAACCCGUACAAUCUGGAUUUUAUCUACUACCCACACCACACCAACAACGUAACAGUGCUGAGAGCAUCCGACAAAGACAGCCGCGAAAAUGCAUUUCUUAAAUACGGAAUCACCAAAGGCAACGAAAAACAGUUAUUCUUUAUCAAUCACUACACAGGUUUAUUGUCUUUUACGCGGGUCGUCACACAACAAGAUGCCGGAUCUUACGAUCUUGAAUUUUCCGUCAAAGACAGCGGAAACCCGGUUCUUUCAGCAACGACGACGAUCUCUCUGACACUGACAGUCAGCAACAAAACUUUUGAGAUGUUGAAUGCUGUAAAUAUCCAGUCAGAAGAUAAAAUCCAGCUCUACUUAUUGAUUCUUAUAGUGCUAGUGGCAGUGACGGUGUCUGUGCCCGUGACCGCCUUCAUUUCGCUGUGUAUUGUCCAGUGCAAUGACCAGCCAACUGCGUCGAACAGACACGCAGCGAACGUGACGGAUAAAUGCAUCAACGAACAAAGACAACUGAUUUGCCAUUCACACUUAGAAUCUUCAUGUACGGACGUUCCUGCAGCCACAUCGGGAGACAUGCACCUGACGGGGCCGCGAAGGGAAUCAGACGAUAUGGAUAACAUACGGAAAAUCACUGGGGGUGAUCUGAUGAGGGAGGUAAGUGACAAUUACUUCCGGUAA